AUGUCGUCCUGGAGGGGGUGGCAUGGACCCGCCAUGGCGCGGCUCUGGGGCUGCUGCUGGCUGCUCGUGGGCUGCUGGAGGGCCGCGCUCGCCUGUCCCGCGUCCUGCAGAUGCAGCGCCUCUAGGAUCCGGUGCAGCGACCCUUCUCCUGGGAUCGUGGCAUUCCCGAGGCUGGAGCCUAACGGCGCAGACCCUGAGAACAUCACCGAAAUUUUCAUUGCAAAUCAGAAAAGGUUAGAAAUCAUCAACGAAGAUGACGUUGAAGCUUAUGUGGGACUGAAAAACCUGACAAUUGUGGAUUCCGGAUUAAAAUUUGUGGCUUAUAAAGCAUUUCUGAAAAACAGCAACCUGCGGCACAUCAAUUUUACCCGAAAUAAACUGACGAGUUUGUCUAGAAAACACUUCCGUCACCUCGACUUGUCUGAGCUGAUCCUGGUGGGAAAUCCAUUUACAUGCUCCUGUGACAUUAUGUGGAUCAAAACUCUCCAAGAGACUAAAUCCAGUCCAGAAAUUCAGGAUUUGUACUGCCUAAAUGAAAGCAGCAAGAAUAUUCCUCUGUCAAACCUGCAGAUACCCAAUUGUGGUUUGCCAACAGCAAAUCUGGCCGCACCUAACCUCACCGUGGAGGAAGGAAAGUCUAUCACGCUAUCCUGUAGUGUGGCAGGCGACCCAGUUCCCAGUAUGUACUGGGAUGUUGGUAAUCUGGUUUCCAAACAUAUGAAUGAAACAAGCUCCACACAGGGCUUCUUAAGGAUAACUAACAUUUCAUCUGAUGACAGUGGAAAGCAAAUCUCUUGUGUGGCAGAAAAUCUUGUAGGAGAAGAUCAAGAUUCUGUCAACCUCACUGUGCAUUUUGCACCAAGUAUCACAUUUCUCGAAUCUCCAACCUCAGACCACCACUGGUGCAUUCCAUUCACUGUGAGAGGCAACCCCAAGCCAGCGCUUCAUUGGUUCUAUAAUGGGGCAAUAUUGAAUGAGUCCAAAUACAUCUGCACUAAAAUACAUGUUACCAACCACACGGAGUACCACGGCUGCCUGCAGCUGGAUAAUCCCACUCACAUGAACAACGGGGACUACACUCUAAUAGCCAAGAACAAGUAUGGCAAGGACGAGAGACAGAUCUCUGCUCACUUCAUGGGCUGGCCUGGAAUUGAUGACGAUUAUGGGACUGCAGCAAAUGACAUUGGGGACACCACGAACAGAAGUAACGAAAUCCCUUCCACAGAUGCAGACAAAGCUGGCCGGGAACAUCUCUCGGUCUAUGCUGUGGUGGUAAUUGCAUCUGUGGUGGGAUUUUGUCUGCUGGUAAUGCUGUUUCUGCUGAAGUUGGCAAGACACUCCAAGUUUGGCAUGAAAGGCCCAGCUUCAGUUAUCAGCAAUGACGAUGACUCUGCCAGCCCCCUCCACCACAUCUCCAAUGGGAGUAACACCCCGUCCUCCUCAGAGGGCGGCCCCGAUGCCGUCAUUAUUGGAAUGACCAAGAUCCCCGUCAUUGAAAAUCCCCAGUACUUUGGCAUCACCAACAGUCAGCUCAAGCCAGACACAUUUGUUCAGCACAUCAAGCGACAUAACAUUGUUCUGAAAAGGGAGCUAGGUGAAGGAGCCUUUGGAAAAGUUUUCCUAGCUGAAUGCUAUAACCUCUGUCCUGAGCAGGACAAGAUCUUGGUGGCAGUGAAGACGCUGAAGGACGCCAGCGACAAUGCGCGCAAGGACUUCCACCGCGAGGCCGAGCUGCUGACCAACCUCCAGCACGAGCACAUCGUUAAGUUCUACGGCGUCUGCGUGGAGGGCGACCCGCUCAUCAUGGUCUUCGAGUACAUGAAGCAUGGGGACCUCAACAAGUUCCUCAGGGCACACGGACCUGACGCCGUGCUGAUGGCCGAAGGCAACCCGCCCACGGAGCUGACGCAGUCGCAGAUGCUGCACAUCGCCCAGCAGAUCGCCGCGGGCAUGGUCUACCUGGCGUCCCAGCACUUCGUGCACCGCGACCUGGCCACGCGGAACUGCCUGGUCGGGGAGAACCUGCUGGUGAAAAUCGGGGACUUCGGGAUGUCCCGGGACGUGUACAGCACUGACUACUACAGGGUUGGUGGCCACACGAUGCUGCCCAUUCGCUGGAUGCCUCCAGAGAGCAUCAUGUACAGGAAAUUCACCACGGAGAGUGACGUCUGGAGCCUGGGGGUCGUGUUGUGGGAGAUCUUCACCUACGGCAAGCAGCCCUGGUACCAGCUGUCAAACAAUGAGGUGAUCGAAUGCAUCACUCAGGGCCGCGUCCUGCAGCGACCUCGCACGUGCCCCCAGGAGGUGUAUGAGCUGAUGCUGGGGUGCUGGCAGCGGGAGCCCCACCUGAGGAGGAACAUCAAGGGCGUCCACACCCUCCUUCAGAACUUGGCCAAGGCUUCCCCGGUCUACCUGGAUAUUCUAGGCUAG